CCCCCUCGCCCGGUCGGUGCUUCCCCUGAGAGGAGAGCGCGGCCGUUGGAAAGGCCGAGGAGCCCGCGGGCGCCCGGUGUCAGCACAGUCUGUUCUUCAACCGCCGAGAGACGUGAUAAAGGCGGGAUGGGUGCUCACCCGGUCUGAGCAUGCUGGGGAAGAGGAUGGAGGGGAUGGCGUCCGUAGUGUGGGCUCGUUGUCUCUUUACCAGAUCGAGAAUUCCAGACUCGGUAUUUCAGCCGCGGCCUGGAGAUCAUGAAAAGUAUGGAGGUGACCCUGAGCAGCCCCACAAAAUCCAUGUUAUUACUAGAAUAAAAAGUGUAAUUGGUCGCCCGUAUUGGGAAAAGAAGAUAAUAAAAGAUCUUGGACUGGAUAAAGCGCAUCAGCCAAGACUGCACAAAAAUAUUCCUUCUGUGAAUUCCAGGCUGAAAGUUGUUAAACACCUGAUAAGAAUACAGCCACUGAAACUACCUUAUGGGUUGCCAACAGAAGAGGAAAUGUCGGACACCUUUCUUACGAGCAAGGGAGAGCUUGUCAUUAAACGGCAUCUGAAACCUGUGGAGCAGAAAGAAAUUAAGUCAUAAGGUGUGCUGGUUAGAUUUAUAUUUUAUAAAAUAAAUAAUUUAACUCCCAA